AUGACAUUGUCCCUGGCACCCAGAUCAACAAAAAUGCAGGAUAUUUUUGUCAAUGAAGAUUUAGUUGGAGGAAGGGCUGUUGAAGAAUUUACGAAUAUUCUAAAGAUUGUCGAAAGAAUAAAAGCGACAAUCAAGAAUUCCAGCAAACUUAAUGACACUGCUGAAGAAUUGGCGUUUUAUGAGAAACUGGAAGAUCUUGGAAAGUUGAAAACACUUUGCAGUAGCGACAAUGCCGUCACAAGUCUCACAGCUUGCCAAGGCAUGGUGUCUCUGGUUCACUCCAACUCCAUCAAAUUGCAGUAUGCUUUCUCGUUCUUCCGAAAUCUCUAUUACAUUGGAAGUGUUCCGAAAGGGCAGUCCGCUGCUGUUUUGAAUCUGCUGCUUUUGGACUUGAAAGCGCAAAUUUCAGAGAAAGGAAAAUACGAGAAUCCAAUAAGGACAACAAAUAAACACCCUCUUUGCAGAAUCUUAAGGCAAGACCCCAACUCCUGGAAAGAUAUACUCAACUUGAUGUCUUCAGUCAUCAACCAUUACGAUCCAACUAUCCAUGAAAAUGCCCUAGACCUGCUGAAACCGGUAUUCAAAUUCAUCCUGACAGAACAUUGCAGGUCUUUGUCAGAAACGUGCUUACAUCACACCUGGAAGCUGUUAGUUGGAAAGCUCAUCUUUGAAGAUAAAAAUGCAAUAUUCGACUAUUUGUCUUCCCCAUUUUUUCAGACUAACACAAGAGAUCCGCUGGAAAUAUGCUAUGAUAUCAUUGCAACCAGCAAUGUUUGCAAAGACGACGCUGAUCUGAAUUCGGCUCUGACAUUGAUUUUAUCGGCUCUUAUUUCGGAUGUGCUGAUUGACGGAUAUGAUCCUUGUUUCCUACUCAGCCAAUUGAACGUAUUGCUUGAUUCUUCUCAAGUACCACACUCAGUUCUAUUAAUCAUUCUUGCGCAAUCAAUCAGGAUCUGUCCUGCAAGCUUCCUAUCGUCGCUUCUGGAUUUCUGUGAAUGGCUGAUAAACAAAGGCCAGUGCAGCGCAGAGAGUGUAUGGAUGUGUGCACUGGCGUGCCUUCCUUGGCUCAACAACUGUGUGUCGCAGUCUCUGAAAAGUGUGCACAAGUCUAUUAUGGCCAUCAUGUCAGAGGCUGCAGCAGCCAAUGCAGCUGCAGUACAAAACCAAGUACUCACCUUGAUCAAAAAUCCUUAUCUGCCCAAGAUAAUCAGUUUCAAUAAAAAUAUACCUCUGGCAAUUCAUACAGCUAGAUUUUGUGACGAAUUGAGAGACAAAGAUGAGACAUUUGUCGUUGAAUGGCUAAAUUCAAUACCCGUCGACUUAAUACCCAAUGUUUAUUUGUUGGUGGAAACAAUAAUGAGCUUCAGACAGGAAACGUCUAUUAGAAUGAGUGCCCUAAAAGCCCUUCAGAGAGCUCCAGUCUCAUUUGCAUCUCAGAACCUCAUGUUUUUCACCUACCAUCUUGGCAGAGAAAAAGAGCCGAACAUACAUUUGGAACUAUUGAAAUCUAUUGUUUCAACAGCUGCUGACAAAAAAAAUAUUCCUCAUGUGAUGCUAACAAUCAAAAUAAUGCAGAACAGCGGCCAACCGGUUCUGCAAAUAUUAGCGGUGGAUUUGUGCUUACAGCUGUGGCUCCAAAACGAACUGUGCUACCCGUUUCUGCUCAGUGUUCUGACUGAAAAGAAAGUACAGUUUCCGGAAAAGGAUUUCAACAGGCAAAUGGAUAUUGCUUGCGCAGCUGCUAUCUAUCAAAUCUGCUUGAAACAGCCGCACAAGCAUGGCAAAGAACUUGUUCAGCCAAUACAAAACUUGCUGUUGAAAUGCCAAGGAGCAGAUGGUGCCAUAGCAGCUUCACUUAUCAUGAAAUCGUUGGCAGCCCUGAUUCAAGCCAAAAUUCUCUCUCCUUCGUCGACAUGGCUCAAACUGCAGCCUUUGCUCCAAGACAUGCAUCCCUCUGUUUGUGUCAGUAUGUGUGAGCUGGUUGGGGUUGCCGUUAAAGAAUCGUGUACAGAUGAAGUGAAUAGCAGCAUGUGCUCUUGGCUAUGGACGCUGAUUUUCUCCACUGAAACUAAAUGUGUUGUUGUUGAAGCAGCUCUCAGAGUUUUGAGAGAGUAUAAUGUUGAAACAUUGAAAUUCAGUUACAUGCCAGAUAUUUUAAAACCGAUUUCUCUUCCGAGUAACCAAACCCCGUCUGGAAUCCUUGAUGAUGCAGUUCCAGGCGAUUGUUGGAUCCAACUAUUGGAGAAUGUGAGAGUGGAUGCCAGACAGGCAGCCUGUGAAACGAUUGCUGCUUGGCUGGACGCUGAACUGCACAGAAGCAGAGCUGUCACAGAUGCCUCGUCUCCGUAUCCAGAGAACUACAACAAACUGCCCAACCACAGCGUGUGUAAAAGCCUCUACAACCAGCUGCGCCGCUCCUGGAACAAUCCAACUGAUGACAAAAAUCGCCAUAUGAUCAAACUGAUUCUACAGAUAUUCAAUAUGGAACGUUCAAAACUUCUGCCGCCGGUCAACUGGAAAUUCAUACACAACUGUCUUGAGAUAAAAGAGUUUGAAGAAAGUGUUCUUACGUUAAUGGCGAAGGAAAGCAGGGGCUGUAUGUCUGCUAAAACGUUCAUAAAAAACUAUCUGAAAGGCAAAACUGUGUCUAUUGAAUUUGUGUACGAUCAUCUGCCUGACUUGAUAUUUGUCUUUUGUGAACUUGAACAUUCUGUAAGGGAGAAAAUGUUAAUGGAACCGUUAUUCAAUAAAGAAGAUGUUGAAACCGUCCGUCAUUAUUUGAAUUGUCUAAAAAAAGUAAUUGUGGAUCCAAAUAUCGAAAGAGAGUACAGUCACUUUCUCUUCGAAAUAAUAGAGAAUGCUUUCAGAAAAUUCCCCGAAAAUGAUCCGGUUUUCAACGAUGUAAUAGAGUGCUUCACAGGAAUUUCCGAACUUUAUGUGAAUGACCUGGCUAGAAGAUACCAGGCCGAGUUUCCGUUGAAAGCCUACAAACUCGUAUACAACAUGGUUUUGCAUGGCAAAUUGAAGGAUUUAACACCUCCCGAUUGCUUGCAUUUCUGCGCCGUCAAACUAUAUUGUCAAUAUGGCAGUGCUAUGUCGACUGUUCCGGUUAUUUCUGACUUGAAAGCUGCUUUCACUAAAUACCGGACUCACGAAAAUGCCUGGACAUGGGCUCUCGAAGAACUCAAAAAAAUCGCUCAUAGCAAGCAAAACUGGUAUGACAAUAUGUGUCUGGAUUUCCUCUGCUCACUAUUCAUAUCUCUAGUGCUCCAUUUUUCUGAAAUCUCAGUGAUAUCAGCUCAACUCAUGGAGGGAGCAGAGGAAUUCUACUUUCCGUUAGCACUGAAGCUACUCAAUGACAAGCAAAGCGGCAAAGAUAUGCAAAGUGGUGCAAAGAAAGGAUGUCGCCUUGAAGAGACCAAUGAUUACUAUACAGAGAUUAUGAAACUGUUGAAAGAGCUGAUCGAUAGUGAUCUACUUGAGGACGAAUCAGUGAAGCAAAUAUUCAAAAGUGCAAUUUCAGCUGAUUUUUCUCUUUCCUGUUCCUAGAGCCAGAAUGUAAUAUGUGCUCUGUUAUUGAAACAGUUGACGUUGAGUGAAACAAUGAAUAGAAUAAAUAUUUCAUAGAA